GGAUAGUUGUGCCGUAUUGGAAGUUGGUGCUACCCAGUCCGUACGAUAGGGAUGGAAAAGAUUGCAAUUCUAGAUGCAGGUGCGCAAUACGGAAAGGUUAUCGACCGACGCGUUCGGGAGCUCUCUGUUUUUACCGAGAUGUUGCCCAUCAACACUCCUCUCGAAACGCUUAUGAAAGCUGAUUACAAGGCUUUCAUAAUCUCAGGCAGCCCUGAUUCAGUCUACCAGUCUAUGAGUUGCACAUGUGAUCCCAAACUUUUUGACGCAAACAUUCCUAUUUUGGGGAUUUGUUAUGGAAUGCAACUUAUCAACAAAGUCUUUGGUGGCCAAGUGAUGGAGGGCGACACUCGGCAAGAUGGAAUAUUUCAAAUUGACUGUGACACAACUUCUCCAUUAUUUGAAGGAUUGUCAAAACAGGAGCAUGUAUUGUUCACCCAUGGAGAUCACUGCAUCACUGCUGCAACAGGAUUUAAAGUUAUAGCCAAGUCUAGUUCCAACAUAGCUGGUAUCGCAAAUGAUGACAAACGACUUUACGGAGUUCAGUUUCAUCCUGAGGUGGAUCUCAGUACAUGCGGCUUAAGGAUUCUAAGGAAUUUUUUGUUCAAUAUAUGUAACCUGAAGGGAGAUUUUAAAAUGAGUGAUAGAGUAGAAUUGUGCAUUUCCAAAAUACGUGAAGCUGUCGGUCAAAAUAAAAUUUUGAUUUUACUGAGUGGUGGUGUCGACUCCACUGUAUGUGCAGCCUUGCUAUCAAAAACUUUGGAUCCAUCUCAAAUUAUUGCUGUUCACAUUGACAAUGGUUUCCUAAGAAAAAACGAAUCUUUAAGAGUGAUAGAAUCAUUAAAGUCAUUGGGAAUUAAAGUUCAUCUGAUCAAUGCAGGUCUUCGAUUCCUAUCAGGGACUACAAUGCUACACGUCGAUGUAAUGACGGAGGCUUUGGCACCUGCUUCCGUCAGUCCUGCUAAAGCACAGUCUGAUUCUGGAAUAAGCUCAGGAACAUCGGACGAGACAUCAGAUCCAAAUACCAAAGAGUGCAGAUCGACGUUAGAUUCAAUGACAUACUCUCAAACUACGGAUACAUCUAACACUAAAAGACAGUCACAUGUCAGUGGUGGUGGAAUUCAUCCACAUAUAGAAUCAAGAAACAUUCCUAUUGGACCUCUUAGAACAGUUACUAUUUUUCCUGAAGAUAAACGACAAAUUAUUGGUGAUACUUUUGUGCGUGUUGCCCAAGAAGUAUGGACUGAACUUCAGUUAGAUCCUAGUAGUUUAAUGCUCUGCCAAGGAACAUUGAGGCCUGAUCUAAUCGAAUCUGCAUCUCAUUUAGCUAGUCAACGAGCAGAUACAAUUAAGACUCAUCAUAAUACAACCACACUGGUCCAGAUUUUGCAGAAGCAGGGUCGGGUUGUUGAACCACUUUCGGAUUUCCAUAAGGAUGAAGUUAGACAGAUUGGUAGACAACUUGGACUUCCAGAGGCUAUUGUCAACCGACAUCCUUUUCCUGGUCCAGGUUUAGCAGUUAGAAUUUUAUGUGCUGCAGAACCAUAUAUUGAACGAGAUUUUUCGGAGACAACAAGUCUUAUAAAAAUGAUCUCUGGAUAUCAUCAAAUGUCGCAAAAGCCUCAUGCACUUUUAAACAAGAUCAAUGCUGCUGCUAGACCUGAAGAACAACAACGUUUAUCAAAAAUUACAGCAAAUCGGUCUCUAGCCGCCUAUGUUCUACCUAUUCGUUCAGUCGGAGUGCAAGUAUGAUUUUGCUAAUCAAAUAGAAUAUAUGAAUUACAUGUUCUAUCGUUAGUCUGUUUGUUUUCAAAAUGAUUAAAAUUCACACCCUUAAACUUCUGUAAACUGCGUAAUAAUUACUCUAAUUUUAAGCUUUUUUUUACUAUCUUUUCAUUUUAAUUGUAUUUUAGGGUGAUCAUCGUACUUAUAGUUAUGCUUGUGCUUUAUCUAGUUCAACUGCUCCAGAUUGGGAUGCUCUUUCGUUUUUAGCUAAUUUAAUUCCUAGGAUAUGCCAUAAUAUCAAUCGGUAGGUUCAUUAUUGUUAUUCGAAAUCUUUGUGACUUGUUAUACUGAUCAACUCUCCAGUUAGAUUCUGUUAUAUCACUUCCACAGACUGUCCUAGCCAGUUUAGUUUUUCACGUCGAUACUUAGUUCAUAAUAUUAUAAAAAUUAUCCGGAAAAUGUGUUUGAGUACUUUUUUUCUGUCAACCAAGGGCGUGAAGAUAAGUGUACAGAGCGCAUACGUUUAAAAACAUACUGGUUUAUAAAUCUGUCACUGAUUAAAAACAUAUCAGGUUUGCAUUUCUAGAUACACUCUACUGAAGGGUGCUCACUUAGUUUUUAAACCCUUGCUAAUUAACUACAGGUACCUAAAUUGUUCUAUCAACCUUGUUCAAUAGAGGAAAAACUAAAGUACAUACUGUUAUAUUUCCAUGGUAUGUUUUAGUUCGUAUGUCGUUUUUGUUAUAUUAAAGAUAGCAUAAGACUACGUGCAUAAAAAGAGCUACUAGUCCAUUGAAUUCUAAUUAAAGACGAAAUGUUCAUUCCACUCAAUUAUAGUUUUACGGACUGUUUAUCAAAUGUAAGUAGAUCUUAGAAUUCACAAUGAAGUUGGUGUUCUUAUUUCCUAUAUUUAUUUCAGCGUAGUAUAUAUAUUAGGACCACAAGUUGUUCAUCCAGUAAAUGAUAUUACAAUUACUUACCUUCGAGAACCUGUUAUCGAUACUCUCCGAGAAGUCGAUGAUAGGGUUAUGUCAGUACUUCAGAACAAUGGUUGUAUGAACAACGUUGAUCAAAUGCCAGUUGUUCUUAUACCGAUUCAUUUUGACCGUGAUCCAAGUCAAGUGGUAUCUAUUCCUUCUAUUUUACGGUCAGUUGUACUCAGACCUGUGAAAUCAGCUGAUUUCAUGACUUGUAUUGCUGCUGUUCCCGGUGUUCAUAUUCCAGAAGAUGUUGUUUACAAAAUGCAGAAAGCAGCUGAAGAAGUACCUGGAAUAUCUCGAGUUUUAUACGAUCUUACUUCGAAACCACCAGCAACUAUUGAAUGGGAGUAAUUAGUAAUAUUAUUCUCUUAGUUUAUGUGUGUAUGUGUCCAUUCUGUGUCUUUACAAUUUCUUCAAGAGAUUAUCCUCUAAUUUCUUUAUAUCUGCACAGUUAGCAUCAUAGUAACAAAGUGAAUUUCUCGAUCAUGCGUUUAUGACACUUUUGUUGUUAUACAAUACAUUUUCGUUUGAGCUUAUUUCAAUUCUCUACCAAUAAUGAAUAUAAAAAGUCUUACUGUAUAACCUGUUUUUUUGUUCUCGAAAAUCCUGCUUUGUUUCUAUUCUUCACCCUCUAUUCAUUAAAUGUAUAAGAUUUGCUGAUUGA